CGCUCUGGCCGACGCCCCCCCGUCUCCCCGCCUCUCGCGGUGCACUGUGGGAUCGUGGCGGCGCGCAGCUCGGCAGCGCCCCCUCCCUCCCCGCCCCCUCCCCAGCUCCUUCUCCAUCCCCGGGUCCAAGAUGGCGGCGGCGGCUCCUCCGGCUCCAUCGCCGCCUCCCCCUCCUCCCGCCGGCCCGUGCUGCCCGGGCUCUUGGCCUAACUUCGCCGUCGUUUGCUCUUUCCUCGAACGCUACGGUGCUUUGCUGGAUCUCCCCGAGUUGCCUUUCCCCGAUCUGGAGCGCGUCCUGCAGCCUCCCCAGGAGCCCGGAGACCAGGUUCCAAAAGAAUUGGUGGAGCUUCACUUGAAACUGAUGAGAAAGAUUGGGAAGUCUGUCACAGCAGACAGAUGGGAAAAAUAUUUGAUCAAGAUAUGCCAAGAAUUCAACAGCACUUGGGCUUGGGAGAUGGAAAAAAAAGGAUACCUAGAAAUGAGUGUCGAAUGCAAACUGGGGAUUCUGAAGUAUCUCUGUGAAUGUCAAUUUGAUGACAAUCUAAAGUUCAAAAAUAUAAUUAACGAGGAGGAUGCUGAUGCCAUGCGUCUUCAGCCUAUUGGUCGAGACAAGGAUGGACUGAUGUAUUGGUAUCAGCUGGAUCAAGAGCAUAAUGUCAGGAUGUACAUAGAAGAACAGGAUGACCAGGAUGGAUCCACAUGGAAAUGCAUUGUUAGAAACCGAAAUGAGCUUGCCGAGACCCUUGAGCUCUUGAAAGCACAAAUUGAUCCUGCCCUGCUGAAAAACAACAAUUCUCAGCAGGAGAAUUCAUCACGUGAAAGCCCAAGUAUAGAAGAUGAAGACACCAAAAAGGGUGAAGAAACAUCUACACAAGAAAACCAAUUAAAAAUGAAAGAAGAAAAAGACGAGGCGGAGGAACAGUCAAAGGAAUUAGAAAGUCUUCCUCUUCCUGUGGUCAAAGAGGAUGAAAACAUGAUGAAAACUGAGAAGACUGAAGAAAAAGAAAUUAUAAAAUUGCCAGUAAUAGUAAAAUUAGAGAAACCUUCGGAAUACAGCGAAGAGAAACAAACUGUCAAAGAAGAAAGUGAUUCCUUUAAAGAAAAUGUCAAGCCUGUUAAAGUAGAGGUGAAGGAAAACAAAAUAGAACCAAAAGACUUAAAAGAAGUAAAAAGUUCUACUGACAAAAUAGCAGUUCAUGAGCCCGAGAGGCUGGAUUUUUGUGUUAACGUCAAAACUCCCCAGGAAAUCGUGGAGAAAUCUGUAGAAGAAAGUGAGAAACUUAAAAAUGACCAGCAGGCAAAAAUACCUCUUAAAAAGCGAGAGAUCAAGCUGACAGAUGACUACGACAGUCCCAUAAAGGGGUCCCUAUGUAAAUGUGUGACUCCAACAAAGGAUGUCUUGAAGGAAGAGGGGAAACCAGAAGAGGAAACUUUUAAGAGAGUCCCUACAAUUACUGCUUUAUGUCCCGAUGGGAAAGUGCUGGUAAAUGGAGAGGUUAGCAGUGAAAAAAUAACCCCAAGUGUCAUACAAAAUAAUAGGUCGGAGCACUCCGUCGGUACGAAGGAAGACAGCAGCUCAUUAAAAGAGAAAAAUGGUAAAAGUGGGGAAAAGGUAUCGGACUCCCUAAAUUCUGUUAGUAAAAUUAUAAAAGCGUGUGAGGUGGAGAAAAAUGCGGUAACUGUGGUGAAAGAGCUAGGGCCUGUGGUCUCUGAGGUUUCAAAUCAGAAAGUGCCUUUAAAGGAAGAAUCUAGUCCUGUGGAGAAAGAGUCCCUUGACAGUCCAGCUACUGAAAUGGUAGUGGAAGAAUCUUCAAACUCUGAAGACUGUGCCAAAAAACCCGAAGAGAAACUAGCCGCGAUAAUCAAAAAGGACAGACUGCCGCCACCCAAAGAAUGUUUAGAGAAGCUGGAGAAGCCCACAAACCCAUCUCCUCCUGCAGAACUGCCCAAGCCUGCACCGCCUGAGGAAGAGACUUUGAAAAGUAGAAGUGAGCCUGAGGAGAAACCUGAUUCUCCCAAAGCUGCUGAGGCACCCCCUCCAUCUUCUUCUCCUGUUACUUUAGAGAAGUCCGUUGUGGAAGCAGAAGGCUCUGAUGCUAAACCUGCUCUCCCUGAGGAGAGCCAAGUAGAAGAAAAAUCCAACCCUGAAAAACCUGAGGAAGAGCCUGAAGCUGCCAAGCCAGAGCCAGAGGGAUUAGACGAUGCCCACGCGUCCAAUCUAGAGGACACCUCGGAGAGUAAAAAGGAUUCCCCAACGCCUAAAAGCAAAUUUAAAUAUAAGCUAGUUUCUGAAGAAGAAAGCUGUGCAACAGAUAACAAAGAAAUAACUUCUGAAAGACAGAAAGAAGGCAUUAAAUUAACGAUCAGGAUCUCCAGUAGGAAGAGAAAGGCAGAAACACCACCAGAAGACGUCACUGCUGGGCGCACGUUGAGGAGAUCCCCACGAAUAUCUAAGCCCACUCCAAAAGUGGUGGAGACCCGGGAUCAGAAAGCUGAGAAAAAGCGACCUGAAGAGGAAGAGGAGAAACCUGCUCAUAAACAGGAAAGAAAAGAAGAUGCAAAAAAACAAGAGAAGGAGUCAAAUUCUAAGGUUAACAAGAGAAGCAAAGUUCGGUGGACGGGUACACGAACACGUGGCAGGUGGAAAUACUCAAGCAACGAAGAAAGUGAGGACUCAGAGAGUGAAAAAAACUCUGAUGAGGAGGAGGAAGAGGAAGAAGAGGAGGAAGAAGAAGCCGCACCUGCUGAUGACGAUGAACCAUGCAAGAAGUGUGGCCUUCCCAACCACCCGGAGCUGAUUUUGUUAUGUGACUCCUGUGACAGCGGAUACCAUACAGCUUGCCUUCGCCCUCCUCUGAUGAUAAUCCCUGAUGGAGAAUGGUUCUGCCCACCUUGCCAGCACAAAUUACUCUGUGAGAAAUUAGAGGAACAGUUACAAGAUCUGGACGUCGUCUUAAAAAAGAAGGAGCGUGCAGAACGCAGAAAAGAGCGACUGGUGUACGUGGGUAUCAGCAUUGAGAACAUCAUUCCACCGCAGGAGCCGGAAAUCCCUGAAGGUCAGGAAGAAAAAAAGAAAGAUUCCAAAAAGCACAAAUCAAAGCUGCUUGAAAGGAGGUCUACCAGAACCCGGAAAUGCAUAAGCUACAGGUUUGAUGAAUUUGAUGAGGCAAUUGAUGAGGCAAUUGAAGAUGACAUCAAGGAAGCUGAUGGAGGAGGCAUUGGCAGAGGCAAAGACAUGUCUAAUAUCACAGGUCACCGUGGGAAAGACAUUUCCACAAUCCUAGAGGAAGAAAGGAAAGAAAAUAAGCGACCACAAAGGGCUGCUGCAGCACGGCGCAAGAAACGACGGCGACUAAACGACCUGGAUAGCGACAGCAAUCUGGAUGAGGAAGAGAGCGAGGAUGAGUUUAAGAUCAGUGAUGGAUCUCAGGAUGAGUUUGUUAUAUCAGAGGAAAACCUGGAUGAAAGUGAAGAUGACCCGCCAUCAAACGAAGACAGCGAUUCCGAGUUCUGUGCCCGCAUAUCCAGGCGACACCUCUCCAGGCCCAUGAGGCAAAGCAGGCGGUUACGAAGGAAAACAGUCAAGAAAAAAUAUUCUGAAGAUGAUGAAGAUGAAGAUUCCGAGGACAAUUCGAGCAGAGAAUCUGAGAGCGGUGAUUACACAGAUUACAGUGACGAUGAUUACCUGGAAACCAGGAGGAGAAGAUCAAGAAGGAAUCAGAAGAGGCAAGUUAACUACAAGGAGGAUUCAGAAAGUGAUGGCUCUCAGAAAAGUGUCCGAUACGGAAAGGAGUUAAGAAGAGUUCAUAAACGCAGGCUCUCCACUUCAGACAGCGAAGAGAGCUAUGCGUCCAAGAACUCUGAAGAUGACGAUUCCACCAAGGAGUCGAAGCGACUGAUUCGAAAACGUCGGCGAAGUACGGACGACUACACUGAGGAAGGAGAGGAUGAGGAGGAUGAAGAGAGGCCUGUCCGCAAACGGCUCAAUCGAAUCGAAACAGACGACGAAGAUAACUGCGAAAAUGCAAACGAUGAGGCAGAAAACCCUGCAAGUAAGCUGCCGGCACCACAGGCUCCUCAAGACAACACCAAGAAGCACUGCUACCGGAUAGAAAGUGACGACGAAGAUGACUUUGAUAACGUGGGGAAAGUAGAGAGCCCUUUGGACUACAGCCUGGUGGACUUGCCUUCCACCAACGGACAGAGCCCAGGUAAAACCAUUGAGAACUUGAUUGGCAAACCGAGUGAGAAGACCCAAGCCCCCAAGGACAGCACAGCCAGCGCCAGCCUGGCGCCCAACGGCACAGGGAGCGGGCAGGAAGCAGUAGGGCCAGAGGAAGAUGAAGAUGAACUUUUGAGAGUGACUGACCUUGUUGAUUACGUCUGUAACAGUGAACAGUUAUAAGACUUCCGUUUUUGUGCUAAUUUAUUCCACGGUAGCUCAUACCAGCGGGCCAGUUAUUAAAAGCUGUUUUAUUUUUCCUAGAAAAUUCUCCACUACAGUAUCACUUUUUAGAAGCAAGAAUUUCACCAGUCCUGCAGUCUUUCUGUGAAGUGACCAGUUUUGAACUUUGAAGAAGAAUUGCUGUAAAUUCCCUCUCUUACCCCCCUUUCUCCUUCCAAGUCCAUGGUCCUGGGUAAUUUCACUCACAAAAACCUUAUCACAACAAGAGAUUUGUAUAUUUUUGGCUUUAUAUUUCCUGAGUGCAUACAAAUUUGUGGAAAUGGGUGGCCUAAGAAAGCAUUCCAAAUCGGUCAGGGCCCAAACCGGAACUUGGGGUGGGUUUGGCUCAAGGGGUGGGCGGGGUGCAGAAGCACUUGUGCUUUAGCUUUUUCAUAUGAGAUAUAUAUUAUAUUUAAAUGUUCACAACUUAGAUUACAACUUAACAGACAGUCUCAAAUUUAACGUCUGUACUGUCGCAUUUUGUGAGUUGUAGGUUAACAUGCCAUAGCUCAUUAGUAAUCACCUUCAUGGAAGCAGUUUGAUUUUAAUACUGGAGGCAAACAGAAUUACUAGAGGCCAAGAAGGUACCAUAAACAAGAACUCUACUAUCCAUUAUGACUUGCAGACUUUCCUAAUAAACAUCCUUUAAAGUGUUUGUACAGUAAAGUGUACUGUAAUGAAGUUUUUGACAGUUGAAACAUGCUGGCGAUGAAUUUGUAAAGCUAUCUCAUGCGUAGUUCAUCAGAUGGUCUCCUAUGCACGGUGUCUAGUGGGAGGACGCAUUGAUGCAAAGUUGGUCUGUAAACGGGAUGGCAUCUUGACGUGCUGCAAACUUUUUACAGACAAAAGAAUCCUGCAGUAGCUGCGUGGCCACUCGGGUUUCACCUUCUGUUGGAGUGUUCCGAAUGGGAUGUGUCUGUACAAACUGCACUGACCGCGGAAUUACGGCGCUUCAAAGGAUUGAGGGGUUUUCCAAUAAACCGUGACUGGUCCAUUCAUGUCCUUAGUAUCUACUUCAAAUUGAAGUAAACAAAUGGAACAGUUUUCCUUUUGGAGGUUUUCUGUUUGGGGUUUGUGUGUGUUUUUGUUUUGAUUUUACUUAUCUGCCUGGAUGUAUUAGCAGGUUUUGAAUGUAGUGUUGGCCUUUGGCCGUUAGAAUUUUCUUAAAAUACUUUUAGUAAUUGUCAUGUGACCAAACUGAUUUCAAGAAGGCAGUACUUCUGAGAGAAAACACUUGGCUCCAAGACAUCUCAUCAACUUUGGAGUGGGCAUGAAGUGAUAUGUGCUUUCAUUCAGAAAAAAAAUGGAGACUACAGAACAAACCAACAAACGUGGGCACAUAAGGAAGAGCAGAGCUGGAAUUUGUCUGGGGUAGCGUUGAGUUUUCUCUUCAUUCGGAAUUAAGAUGCAGGCUGUAGCAUUUGUACGUGUUGUAGCACACAGACAGCUGACAAAGAUCUGCCAAAUGUUGAAAUCCAAAAAGGUCACAUCUGUUAUUCCUUUUGCUCUGAGAUUUGGAUAUUUGACUGGUGUUGAUGUCCAUUGCCGGCAAUGGAUGCACCGAAACUGCUGCUGCCACUGAGGAGUGAGUUCUCCUUUCCUGCCCCACCUGAUUCCCUUCCAUUAUACUGUAUUUACUAGUCAGUCAUGAAGCACUUCUGUUUUCUUCUACUAAAACCGGCAUUAGGCCUUUACUAAAUACCUCUCUAGAAAACCUAGAUCCAAAAAUACCAACUUCUGGCCUGGAAACUCUUGGUUUUGUUUCCCCACCUCUCUCUCCACGAGUUCUAUCAGAACCGCCCUGUGACCAUUGCUCAAUUGGGUUCUAGCAGCGCACAUUUAAAACUAGAAUCGUCAGAGUUGCAAGAAAGGUAGAACUCGUUCGCUAUCUGCUAUGCCAAGCAAGCUUGUGAUUAAAAUAAAAAAAGAAAUCACACUCUUUCUAAAUGAGAACUGAAUGCCAUUAAAGAUUAAAUAUCUUUCCACCUUAUCGAUGUUAACUGUUAACAGAUUUCACGAGCAGGUAUUAAAACAGGGUAGUGAAAAGCCACAGAGGUUUAGAAUGUUCUUAAAAGUGUAUGUAGCAUUUUAGCUACUACAGUCUUUUUAUUUGCCUAGCUGAUGCAUAAAUGUAGUGCUUCUACAUUUCUAAUCUACUUGUGUUUUAAAACAAGCAAGAGCAUAUGGCUUCCACUUUUUAAUGUUAAUAGUUGCUAAGCAUUUUUAAUAUUUGCAGUGCAAACUGUCAGAUUCCUGUGCAGCAACGCUGUGCAACCACUGAUCUCUUGUUUAUUUUGGCAGUGCCAUCAUCUUUUUUGCUGCCAGAUGGAGCCUUUUCCUAUCUGGUCAGUGCCGUAGCAAACAUUCUUGCUCGUAGACAGCACCAAAAGUUGGAUACGUAGUGGGUGAAUCAUUGGGAAUGUAGGAAAAUACAAAGCAGUUGAAAUAGCGAAUACACCAACCAGGGAGAAAGUGAGCACCAUGUUCAGGAGUGACUUGGAGAACAGGAAGCAGAAGUGGAGGACUGAAUUUUAUGUCAAGUGCGUCAAGUUUUACCAACGUAGGCAGGCAAGCUGUUACUUUCUAGUGGUCAGUUUUACAAAACAAUUCUUCUGUCUCCUGAGAAGUCACGUUUGAUAGCUGGGAUGGCUUCAUCCCCCAGGAUCCCGAGGUCCCGUUAGACCAGUGGGAAUACUGUGCAAGGAAAAUCUGCCUCCACGUCCUACAGAGCCCAGCAUUUUAAAGCUUCCAUUUUCUCUCCUGCCCAAGGCUUCCAGCGUGGUGGGAAAUGUAAAUCUCUUGGGAAGGAUGUUGUUUUCAGACACGAGGCUGGCUGGCUGCCACGCGGGGCUCAUGCUGCCAUGUUAUGUGAUCCCAGAGUGGGAAUGUCCUCCAGGUGCUGUGCUGUCCAUAGCAGCUCGUGCUCUUCUGUACGCAUCCCGAGAUCACAAGUCGCGUGUCUUUGACUGCUCAUCUUCAGGUGUGGCUUUGGGCUAGCAGAAAUUCGGGGCGUGUGAGAAACAGAACACAGUGCGGCUAGGGAUUUGUCACACGACGGGCUGAAGGGCAGGAGGAGGAGCACCCAUUGGCUGAGCACGGAGAGAAUUCAUUUGGCGAUCUCCAAACAGGCUGUCACCAAAAGCUGUGUCUUUUUUAACUGCAGACCCUUCUGAGUAUAACUGACCAGGAAGAAAGUGAACUGAUGCCUGUGGGCUGCGCGAGUCCUAAGAAGCACUGGAGAAGGGAAGGAACUAUAAACUGAGUUGGGGAAUGGAUGUUUCUGGGUGCCACAAAGAUAAAGGACGGCUCUUCGCCAUGAGCAUGGUACGUGAUGUGCAAAAUGCGGCCCCUCUGCACUAAGGAAUGUGGUGCGUUAAUCCAACCAGAAGGGUGGGGAAUUAAGAAGGCAAAAUUUCAUUGCAGUGGCUGUCUUCUAGUUAGUGAGUCUUCUAAACCUUGACUUAAAAAUGGAAAACAACAUCACUAAGCUACCAAAAAAACCCUUAAUGUUGAAAGCCUGGAGAAAGAUGAGUACUGCACAACAAACUCCGAGCUCUUGGAUAGUUUGACUUCACACGUGUUUAAUUACAUUAUAAAAUUACUAUAUCUUCCCGAUUCAUUUAAUGAAAGGAUUGCUUUGUUCUAACAGCACUUGAGAGAAACAGAGCUGCUUUUCCUCUAACUUGCCCAUUUAUUAAUAUGUCACCUCGAGAUUCCUGUGGAUUGAAAUGUCUCGGCCGCUCUUCAAGCAGUGGGAGCUGAUGACUGCUUCUCUCCUGGUCACUGCUGUUCUCUGAAUGCUGCCCUGCACUCUGAGGGAUCCCAAAGAACCUCAAGGUGAAUGUGUAUGUUCCCAAAAGAAGGAUUGUAUGGCAGCGGUGCCCUUGUUCUGAUUUGUCUUCAUGUUUCUCCCUUGAACUAUUUGGUAUCCGGGUGCUGUCUAAUGAUUUUAAUAGCCUGUUGUUGGGGUGUCCAUUCUGUACCUCUGUUUUCAGGUGCUUGCAGCUUGGUUUUCAGUGCUCUGCAGUAGGAAGUCCUGGACAGAACCUUCAGCGAGUUGUUUUGAGUUCCAUAUUUUCACCAACAUUUCUUCUUUUAAAUGAGAAGUAAACGAGGAAUUUUGGUGGCCCCUGCUUUUUAAAUCCACUCUGUGCUCCGUGAUUGAAAUAAAUUCUGGUGGUCACGCUAGCCCCCAGCCCUGGUCUGACCAAGGGACUUGUAUCAUCUAGUUCAAAGUGGCAACACGUGGGCCCUGAGAAGUGGUUUUGGUGCAUGUGCAGUGCCUGCUACCCACAGGCGUGUGUUAUGGAUCUAACGUGCAGCGUGCACCUUAGAUACGUAUUGACAUUUGCUUUCAGUUCACUGGGUACAUAAAAUCCUUUCAUGUAUAAAUAUAUGUAAGAAUAUCAAAUAUCUUCAAAUGGUAACGUUCUGGAAAAAGGAAUCUGUUGAAUAGGGUGGGGAAAUCUCAGCAAUUCAUGCGAAGAGAGCACAGUUCUGCAAGUGCUCCUGUGCUGAAAGCAUCUAUGGGAGCAUUCAGGACUGCUGUCUGAAAUUAGGCUGUGCAGGAUGAAGCCCACGUUUCCUGGGAUCUCACUUUUCCUGCUCCCCUUCUAGAACAAAGGGGGUAGGGACUGCAUCGCUUAAAAUGUCAGAAGACAGAAAAUGAAAAAGCCGACAGAAGCAGUACUUACUCCUUAUCCAGCGUGUACUGAAGUAAUGAAACUUCUCAGUGACUAUUUCUUGAUGCUUUAGAGCUGAGGAGCUCACGAACACUCUGCCUUCAGAAAUACUUAUCACCUGAAGCUGGACACGCAGCAGCCAGGGACUGGGGGUUACUGGUCACUUCUGGAGAUGUGCAUCGCUUACCAACUCUUAUUUUAGGUCAGGUGUAACUCAAUGAGAUGGUUCCAAGCGGCAAAAGCGUGUGCUUGGGAGCUGUUUGUGCCAGUGCUUUGGAAUAAUUUAACUUAUUUUGUAUAUUGCAGAAGAUGUAUAUUGCUUAGUAUGACACUUACUUAAAAAAAAAAAAAACUGUGCGUGCAGCUUCUGGGGGAAAGAACAGGACACUCUAAGUAGAUAAAAAGGUUUUAUAAUUGAGGAUGCAGUUUAAAGACUCCAGGUGUAACUGCAAUUAAAAGCAACUCCUACAGCCUGGGUUUUUGACCGUUGUUUUGUAAAUGCUGGCACCCCACAGCUGAGCUUGAGAUCAGCAGAGGGGACGAUACAGCAGUUAGAGGACACAUGCUUAGCGUGUCUGCAAAUAGAUCUGCUAUUGCUACAUGAAACCCCAAAGGUUCCCAAGGAGAACUGGAAGGUGGAGUUGCUCUCUUCCUUCGGUUGGUUUACUUCGUGCACUUUGCAGCACUUUGUGUAUAGUCAGUCGCGCUGGUUCCCCAGGUGCAGACCGAGUCGGUUUCUCCUGCUGUUGGAAUGCUCUUUCCACUUACAGGAGAUGGGGAAUGGGUGGAGGGAAGCGGAAUGGGAAAAUGUGGAUGCAAGCCCAUGCAAAUUGAAAGACAGGUCUUGGACAGGCCUAAAAACCGCUUCUGAUUCAUCCUUUAAGGACUGUAUUUCAAAGGGAAGGUCUCCAUGUAAGAGAAUCAUCCUGACAUCCUCCUUUUCUCAUGGUGACCUUCAGAGCAACAGGAAAAGCUGUUCCCGGUCUCCCUCCUUGAGGGAGUGGCUCUGCCAGCGCAGCACGGACGUGGAGAAGGUUAGGAGCAGUCCGUGCAGUGCUGUGACACUGCUGGCCUUUGGGGGUGUUGUUUGGAGUCCGCGCGGGUUCCUUUGUCCUUUGUUCCUCUUAUUCUGUCCCACACAACUAAACUGAUGAGUGAUACUUCAAUAGAUUAGUCUGUCACAACUUCAGUGAUCUUAAGGGGAUAAAGUCCUACUAAAACGCACGAUAGGCCUCGUUACCAGUGCACCAUUUGUUAGUUAAAAGUCCGUAAUAGAUACUAAUCUGCUACUCAAGUUAGUGGUAGAAAAGGAAAUCAAAGCAUACAGUUACGUACCUUGUUUAGUUUUCCAUUUCAUCCUCAUUAUAUGGACUCUAAAAUCUUGUACAGUAUCUUAUUCCUACACUAUAUUCAUUUAAAUGGCACUCCUCCCCCUAACCUGCACUAAAACCAUGUGUUUUUCAUGCCAGUCAGGUUGCUAGAUGCUAGCCCUGCUUCCUAGAUUGGCAGCAGCCAUGAGAUGGCACUCAACUAAUUCAGAUGCUCAGCGUCACUGUUGUCAGUAUGCACCAUGGUUCUCAAAUAGGCGCAGAGCUGUAGGCAGAUGCUGGACAAACACUGGGUGCAUUCACUGUCCCACAUAGCACAGACCAGGUAGUUGCUAGCAGAAUGGCUCCAGCGUUCUGUGACAAUGAGAUCAAAACUGCCAGACAGGUUAAAAUCUAAGAUGUACUUACACGAAAUCCAGUCUUGUCUUCCUCCUGUAUGCUGUUUGUAUGUUUGCAAGGAAAUGUGGAGCUCCUUAACAUCGCUCUCAUUCACAGCUGGCCUCAUUUUUCUUUUCCUUCUCUAGAAGUCCCACAGCCGAGCUCUUUACGGAGCUUAACCCGCGCACUUCAGAGUCCUGAACCUUGAUUUUUAGAUCUCUUCCAUCGUGACUUGCUGCCGCAUCCAAGGGAAAGGACGGAGGGGACGCACACUGUGUGUGUGGGAGGUGGGGAAAGAGGUGCUGGAAGAACUGGAAUUGUCAUUGUUGCACAUAAAUUGGGUGGUGCUUUCAUGUCCUUCCCCGCUCGCCAGAAAUACCACACGCAUGGGAAACGCGAUGCAUCAGAACUUCUUAACAUGGAAGUCAUGGUGGCCUCAGUGCUCCAAGGGUUAACUGCAGUUUAAUAACAGCUCAUGUUUUUAGAUUUGCAGUACACAACUGUUUAAAUACUGUAUUCCUUGUAAAUGAAGUAAAAAAAAAAAAUGUUAAGGCUGGUGCCAAUAUUUUUGUUAAUGAAUUGUUCAGCGUUGUCUCACUACAGUCUGGUCAGAACUCUUUGUGUAUAAGCUGGGCCUGAAGCCAUUUUAUAGCUUGUAGGCCUAAUUGUGUAACUUUUCUUUCAUAAUGUUUUUGUUAUAAUAUCUACUGUCAUUUCUUUCAUAUAAAUAUGACAUGUAAAUUGUCAUAAUAAAAAAAAAAUUGAAAUAA